AUGGCACAAAAUACCGUGCAAAAUUUGGGAGCCGCCUACAAAAAUCACAAUUUCGAGCCCGACGACACGUAUUUGAUCAAUUUCCAAGCGGGACCCAGUUCAUCGCGAACAUCGUAAGUUUUUGCACACUUUUUGAGCUACAGUAACCCAUGUACCUUUAAAGGAACGCCACCACAAGUGAUAUGCGAUCAGAGAUGAUUCUAGAGAUGCCGGUUUCGCAGUUGAAAAAAAUUAAAGGCGCACAGGGUACGGUAUCCGUAACCAGGGAGACACAGCAUUUUUGUGGUAAGAAUUUUGGCGCCAAAAAAUAUUUUUGAUCUACAAUUUUUUGAUCUACACAGAGACCACAACUAUGCACGGACCGAAACGUAUUUUCAAGGGAAAACAUUGGGCCACACUAUUUUGGGCGAUUAUGGUGGCGUGCUCGCUGGGACUUUUGAUAACUCAAGUCGUGAUUUUGGUUGCACAGUAUUUGGAGAAGCCCGUGAUUUCGCAGGUUAGUCAGAAGCCCUUAGAAGCUCUUAAAAGCCCUUAAAAGCUCUUAGAAGCUCUUAGAAGCUCUUAAAAGCCCUUAAAAGCCCUUAAAAGCCCUUAAAAGCUCUUAAAAGCCUUUAGAAGCCCUUAGAAGCCUUUAAAAGCCCUUAGAAGCCCUUAAAAGCUCUUAAAAGCCUUUAGAAGCCCUUAGAAGCCUUUAAAAGCCCUUAGAAGCCCUUAAAAGCCCUUAAAAGCCCUUAAAAGCCCUUAGAAGCCCUUAGAAGCCCUUAAAAGCUCUUAAAAACCCUUAAAAGCCCUUAGAAGCUCUUAAAAGCCUUUAAAAGCCCUUAGAAGCUCUUAAAAGCCCUUAAAAGCCCUUAGAAGCUCUUAGAAGCCCUUAGAAGCCCUUAAAAGCCCUUAGAAGCCCUUAGAAGCCCUUAGAAGCUCUUAAAAGCCCUUAGAAGCCCUUAGAAGCUCUUAGAAGCUCUUAAAAGCCCUUAGAAGCCCUUAGAAGCUCUUGAAAGCCCUUAGAAACUCUUAAAAGCCCUUAGAAGCUCUUAAAGCCUAAGCCCAUUUUCCAGGUCUCAUUUUUGAUCAACGAAGAAGGUCUGGACUUUCCCCAUGUCACAGUCUGCAAUCUCAACCCAAUCCGAAAAUCCUACGUGACAAACCUGAAUCAAACGGGCGGCGGUGACGUCACCGAAGAUAUGAUAACUUAUCUGAUGAACUACAAUGUUGAGAUUCUGUCGCUGAUCGGCGGAAAUGAUCGAGAAACACUGCAUCAGGGAAAUCUGAGUUUGGAGGCGUAUCAGAAACGACACUCCGAUUUUACGCCGGACAAGUUUUUUUGGGAUGGAGGGUUUGAGUGCGCAGAUGUUUUGAAAUUGUGCUCUUUUGAGGGAGCUAUGUGAGUUUGGGGAUUUUUUGGUAGCGAAAAUCCACGUGGCAAAAACUAGAUUAUUUUUUCGUUUGAAAAUUUGAAUUCGGAUUUUUUCGCGCCGAAAAAUCCACAUAAAAAAGCGCUAAAAAUUUAUAUUUGAACUCAAAUUUUUUUGUUGUAAAAAUCCACGUGUCAAAAUUUAGAGCCACGCCCCAAAAAAGUAUCGAUUUUUUUUGCGCUGAAAAUCCACGUGGCAACAUUUUUUUGACGUCAAAAAACCAAUUGAGAUUCGAAAUUUAGUGCAAAAAAAUCCACGUGGCAAAAUUUAUACGACGUUAAAAAAAAUUUUUCCAGAAUCUGGCGCUUGAAAAUUUGAAUUCAAAUUUUUUUUUCAGUAAAAAUCCACGUGGCAAAAUUUUUGUAUACGACAUUUUUUUUUUUGAAAUUUCAGAAUCUGAGUUUGAAAAUUUGAACUCAACUUUUUUUUGUUGUAAAAUCCACGUGGCAAAAUUUCGAAUCCCUCUGAAUUUUUCUGAAAUUCAAUUCUGGAAAUUCAAUUCUGGAAAUUCUAGAAUUUUUUUUUCGUUUUUGAAAAUUUGAAUUCGGAUUUUUCGCUCCAAAAAUCCACGUGGCAAAAUUCACUUUUGAAAAUUUGAAUUUAAAUUUUUUUUGUUGUAAAAAUCCACGUGGCGUUUCAGCUUUCAAAAUUUGAAUUCGGAUUUUUCGCUCCAAAAAUCCACGUGGCAAAAAUUUAUAGCUAAAAUUUCAGAAUCUGAAAUUUCACGAAAAAAAAUCCACGUGGCAAAAUUUAUUUUUUUAAAUUUCAGAAUCUGAGUUUGAAAAUUUGAACUCAAAUUUUUUUUUGUAAAAAUCCACGUGGCAAAAAUUAUUUCCAAACUUCGGAAUCUGAAUUUUGCCGCCAAUACUUUUUCGUUUUUGAAAAUUUGAAUUCGGAUUUUUCGCUCCAAAAAUGCCACGUGGCAAAAUUCACUUUUGAAAAUUUGAAUUGAAAUUUUCAGAAUCUGAAGUUUCACAGAAAAAAACCACGUGCCUUUAAUUUUUGAAUUUCUUGACGUCUAAAAAUUCCCUGAGCUCCAAAUUCUUCCAGUUUCGAUUGUUGCUCCCUAGCCACACCAAUCCUGACACCAAUGGGAAAAUGCUACACACUAGACAUGUCAAAAUCCGAAAAAUCAUGGAUGCGAAAACAAACGGAGCCAGGAAUCAGCGCCGGACUUCAGCUAACUCUCGACGCACAUUUGGAAGAGCAAUUUGAUGGGGAAAAUGGCACGAUGGGACCAUUGUUCACAAAUUCUUUCGUUGAUGGUUUCCGCUACUUUGUGCACCCACCAGAUUCGAUUCCACAUUUAUCUUCGGACGAGUUCACGGUGUCUCCGAAUAGUGUUGCGUAUUCGGCGAUUACUAGUGAUCGGGUAGGUUUUUGGGAACAUUUUGAGCCCAAACACGGUGUAUUUUGGGAAAUUUGGAGCAUUUUGAGCCCAAACACGGUGUAUUUCGGGAAAUUUGGAGCAUUUUGAGCCCAAACACGGUGUAAAAAAAAAUCCACGUGGCGCCAAAUUAUUGAUUUUUUGUUGCAGUUCCUCCUGCUGUCGGCUGAAAAUUGGGGAAAUUGCACCGACGAAUAUCCGGCAGAUCUUCAACCAACAAAUCUAUCCUACACUUCCACAAGUUGUGUGGCUCUCUGUAAAGCCAGACAGUAUUUCGAGAUUUGCGGAUGCUCUCCGGCUCUUUACAAUUUGGAGAAUAGUGAGUGAAGGGGGACGAGAAAACCAAAAAAAAAUUCGGCCGCGACCUUCAGAAAAUUCUUUUCAAAAAUUGGUUGUGGCCUAACUUUUGCAUAUAGAAAUCCUAGUCCCUCCAAUUAUGAAAAAACAAAAAAUUUCGAUUCAGAAAAUGUCAAAAAGUAUAGUUUUUUGACAUUUGCUGAAUCGAAAAAUUGAAUUUUUUCAAGAAAAAAAUUAUUUUUUUCAGAAAUUAGAAAUUUCGCGCUGAAAAUAUCCUAAUUUUAACUACCAGAAAUUCAGUUUUUAAAAAAAUUUAAAAAAAUGAAUUUAAGAUGUGAAUUUUUAUGAAAUUCAUUUUCAGAAAAAAAAAAAUUUUUUUUCUAAAAAUUUCCGAUUCAGAAAAUGUCAAAAAACUAUAUUUUUUUCCUAUUUUUUGACAUUUUUUUCAUUUUUGUGUGGAAAAAAAUGUCAAAAAAAAAAAAUUCAGAAUUUCAGCUGAAAAUUCUGAAGAUUUCAUGAGUUUCCCACAGAUUUCACAAAUAUUCAGAAAAUUUGGAAAAUAUUCAGAAUUUUUUCAGAAUCUUGAACUUUUCAGAUAAUCAAGAAGAAUCUGAAAAUUCAACUAGAAUUCGUCAGAAAAUCCAAAAUCUUUAUGGGUCAAAAAAAAUAAUAAAAAACUUUUUUUACAAAAAAUUUCGAUUCAGAAAAUGUCGAAAAACUAUAUUUUUUUCCUAUUUAAAAAAAGUUUUUCAAAAAAAAAAUUUUUUUUUUCGGUUGUGGCCUAGUUUUUGCACAUAGAAAUCCUAUUCCAUGCGUUAGAAGCCUUAGAAGCCUUAGAAGCCUUAGAAGCCUAAGGAGCCUUAGAAGCCUUAGAAGCCUUAGAGGCCUAAGUCUUACAAUAAGGCUUCCCAGGCUUCUAAAAUCACGAGAUGAGGGACUAGGAAUGCAAAAGUUAGGCCACAGCCCGUUUUUGAAAAGUCUUAGCCAAUAGGAUGAAAUCCUGGUCUAGAAAUCCAACUUCGGCCACAAAUACUUUUGAGAGCGGAGGGACUAGGAAUUCUAUAUGCAAAAGUUAGGCCACAACCGAUUUUUGUUGCAGAAUACAAAGAAUGCAAUCCAUUCGAGACGUACACCUGUGUCGACAAUCACAUGCGAACAUCGCAAUCCGACAAAUUCGCCAUCAAUCUGCCGCAAUGCAACGAAUGCCGCAUCGAAUGCAAUUCCCUAGUCUACCGUGCCUACAAUUCCUAUGGCUCAAGAUUGUCAAACGGGGCGCUGAGUUGGCUACACGCCAAAAACGCCACGUGGACAAACGCGCAUAUGCGCUCCAAUUUUCAAAUGAUCAACAUUUUCUAUCGUGAUAUGUCGUAUACGGAAUAUAAUCAGGUGCAGGAUGCGUCGAUCACACAACUUUUGAGUGAGUUUUUGGGGCUCUUAGGGUUUUAGGGGUACUUUAGAAGCCUAAGGGCUUAAUUAAGCCUAAGCCCAAGGUCUUCAUUUAGCCUAAGCCCUAGUUAAGGCUAAGCCUAAGCCUAAGGGCUAAGUUAAGCCUAAGGACUUGGUUAAGCCUAAGCCUGGACCUAAGGCCUUGGUUAAGCCUAAGGGCUAAGUUAAGCCCUAGUUAAGGCUAAGCCUAAGCCUAAGGGCUAAGUUAAGCCUAAGGACUUGGUUAAGCCUAAGCCUGGACCUAAGGGCUUGGUUAAGCCUAAGGGCUAAGUUAAGCCCUAGUUAAGCCUAAGGACUUGGUUAAGCCUAAGCCUGGUCCUAAGCCCUUAGUUAAGCCUGGGCCUAAGGUCUUAGUUAAGCCUAAGCCUUAAAUUAAGCCUAAGCCUGGACCUAAGGGCUAAGUUAAGCCUAAGGGCUCAGCUAAGCCUAAGCCUGGGUUAAGCCCUAGUUAAGCCUAAGGGCUUAGUUAAGCCUAAGCCUGGGCCUAAGGGCUCAGCUAACCCUAAGCCUGGGUUAAGCCCUAGUUAAGCCUAAGGGCUUGGUUAAGCCUAAGGGCUAAGUUAAGCCUAAGGACUUGGUUAAGCCUAAGAGCUUAGUUAAGCCUAAGAGCUUGGUUAAGCCUAAGGGCUUGGUUAAGCCUAAAGGCUUGGUUAAGCCUAAGCCUAAGCCUAAGAGCUUUGUUAAGCCUAAGCCUGGGCCUAAGGACUUCGUUAAGCCUAAGCUGAAGCUUCUGAAGACACUUUAGAAGCCUAAGGUCAUUUUUAACUCCCCAGAAUUUUCCAGGGUUACUGUAGUUUGCUCGAUGAACUGAUAAAAUGCUCAUAAAAAUCCCGGUUAUCACAUUUUUUUUGAAGAAAAAUUUCGUGAUUUUUGCCGUCGGAAAUGUUUUAAUGAGCCCUUUUGGAAACAUUGUGGAGCAUGAAUUUUUGAGCAAAAAAAAAUGCUCCAAAUUUUGAGGCUCAACUUCAGAAGGGCCUGAAAUAGGCCUAGGCUUGUCUAGUAUCAAAAAAUCCCGAAUUUCGAGGCCCAGCUGAAUCCUAGGCUUAUCUAGUAUCAAAAAAUGCAGAAUUUCGAGCCCUAGGCUUAUCAGAUCUCAAAAUGCUCCAAUUUUUGCAGGUGACAUUGGUGGAAACAUGGGAAUGUUCCUCGGAAUGUCAGUCAUCACAAUCACCGAAAUUUGUCUCUUCUUCUCCAAAGUCUUCUGGAUCGGAACUUCUAAACAACGCCGGAAGUAUAUGUUCAGCAAGAAGUUGAAUGAGAAUACGAGACAGGAAGAGAUCACAGAUACUGUAGAGAAAAUGAAAGUUAUCACAAGUUAUGGGGAUUUGGGGAAAUUUCAAAAUUCUUCGAGUUUUAAUGGGGGAUCUCAAAAUCUGAAUGAUGAUGAUCGAGUUCAGUUUCGAAUUGAUGUCAAUCAAUUGGCUGAUCAGUUAAAUAAUAAUACGAUGGUUGAUGUGAAAAGAUCAAGAUAUUGA